ACUACAAAUAUCCCGGCCGCUCGCAUUGCCAUUGAAACAAGAAAAGCCUCCUCAUAGCCUAAAACAUCCUGUCCAAUGGCGGCAUCAUCUCAAAAACAACUCUCAAUGCUCUUCCUCAUAGCUUAUGUACUUCUCAUGCUUAUCAUGCAAGAAGUGUCUCGUCCUGCUUCAUCCAAAAGCUCUCCUCUAUUGGCCUUUGCUCUCUCAGGUAGCCAAACAAGAGUUGAGGAAGUGGAGGCACUCCUCAAAUGGAAAUCUAAGCUCAACAGCGAGAGUCGCUCUAUCUUGUCUUCAUGGAAUGGAAGCAACCCUUGUUCUUGGCGUGGACUCAGUUGCAGUCCUCUCGGAAGCAUCAUCACUUUGAACCUCUCGAGCUCCGCCAUCCAUGGUACACUUCACGAUCUUGAUUUCUCCUCAUUGCCUAACUUGGUCACCCUUAAUCUUGCCAACAAUUCACUGUUUGGGAACAUCCCCUCGAGCCUUGGCAAUCUUUCCAAGCUUGCUUACCUAGACUUUUCUCAAAACCACCUUUCUGGGCACGUUCCAACCCAACUCGGAUUGAUGCGCUCUCUAGAAGUUCUGAGAUUGUCGUCAAACAACAUCACUGGUCCAGUCCCCGGCUCUAUAGGAAGUUUGAAUAACUUGAUUUUCUUAUACCUCCAGUACAACAAGAUCUCCGGAUUCAUCCCUCGAGAAGUAGGAAUGCUCAAAUCUCUCAAGGAUCUGUUUCUACAACACAACCGUAUCGCUGGUCUAAUUCCUUCUUCCAUUGGAAAUAUGAGCAGCUUGACGAAGUUAUGGCUUAUGAAUAAUGAUCUUAUCGGGUCCAUUCCAGUAGAAAUAGGGAUGUUGGGGUCUCUUAGUGAGCUUGAUUUAUCAGACAAUUACCUCAGUGGAUCUAUCCCGAGAACUCUAGGAAACUUGAGCAAUUUAUGCUUUCUUUACUUCUAUGAGAACCAACUCUCUGGCCACAUACCUGAAGAAGUUGGAGGAAUGAAAUCCCUCAUACAUUUUGAGCUUUUAAACAAUGAUCUAACAGGUUUAAUCCCGCCAUUAAUAGGGAACUUAAGUGCCUUAGAAAAUCUUUUUCUUUUCCACAAUAUGCUUUCCGGUCCUAUUCCUCUGGAAAUCGGAAACCUUAGAUCUCUCUCUGUACUUUUUCUCUUCUCUAAUAAUCUCACAGGAUCCAUCCCGGAAACGAUUGGGAGGCUGGGCAACUUGACCGUGUUGUCCCUCUAUGAAAACAAUAUCUCCGGCCCUAUACCUUCUAAUAUCGGAAACUUAACCAAGCUUGAACGAAUGUACUUGUUCCAAAAUAAGUUGUCAGGUCCGAUUCCGAAAGAGAUGGGAAGGCUAGGACUCCUUGUUAAGCUGUUUCUAUUGCAGAAUAGCCUUGAGGGCUCUCUUCCAAUUGAGUUCAACAAUCUCACAUCCCUCAACAGCCUACAACUAUCCGACAACCAGCUUGUCGGCCAAUUGCCAAUGAAUAUGUGCAACGGUCAAGUUCUUGUAAAUUUCACUGCUCAAAACAAUUACUUCAUGGGACCGCUACCAAGAAGCCUGAAAAAUUGUACGAGUUUGUAUAGAGUCAUGCUCCAAAAUAACCAGCUAAAGGAUAACAUUUCUGAUGUUCUUGGCAUAUACCCCAACUUAAAUUACCUUGACUUGAGCAAUAACGAAUUUUACGGAGAGCUUCCACCAAGAUUGGGCGCAUGGAGCAAUUUGAUGAGCCUGAAAAUCUCCGACAAUAAAUUAUCAGGCAUGAUACUGCCUGAUCUUGGAAAGAUGACUCAAUUACAUGUAUUAUAUGUAUCUUCGAAUAAUUUUGUUGGGGAAAUUCCAAAAGAACUUGCAAAAAUGCAGUUUCUGCUAGAGCUUUGGCUCGACGGCAACCAUCUCGCAGGCCAUAUUCCUCGUGAAAUUGGAGCAUUGUCUGACCUUGAAGAAAUUAACAUUGCCGGAAACAAGUUAAGUGGCUCAAUCCCCAGAGAGCUUGGAGAGUGUUUGAAACUUCGGUAUCUAAAUCUAAGCAGAAAUAAUCUUGAGCAGAGCAUUCCACUUGAGAUUGGCAAUCUGCAGUUUCUUCAAAGUCUCGAUCUAAGUCGAAAUUUUCUUACUGAAGAUAUACCUCGACAACUUGGAACAUUGCACAGUUUGGAUACACUCAAUCUCUCACACAAUCAAUUGUCGGGUUCAAUUUCACCGACUUUCGAUGAUAUGACUUUCCUGAUAUCUGUUGAUGUAUCAUAUAAUGAGCUAGAGGGUCCUUUACCAAACAUUCCAGCCUUUCGUAAUGCUACAAUUGCUUCUGUAAGAGAGAACAAAGGCUUGUGUGGAAAUAUUACGGGUCUCAUGCAUUGUCCAAGGAGGGCGACAAAAGGGAAAGACAGAGAUAAAAAUAUCCUGCUCAUUUUACUCCCUAUUUCUGGUUGCCUGCUUGCUUUGUUUCUUGUUGGGUGUGUUUUAUGCAUUGUAUCCCGACGAACAAGGCGAGGAGAGACUGACUUGAUAGAAGGGAGCCGUGAAUGUAUGUUUGAAAUAUGGAACUAUGAUGGAAGAACGGUGUAUAAGAACAUUAUUGAAGCCACUGAGGAAUUCGAUGCCAAAUAUUGCAUUGGCGUGGGAGGACAAGGGAGAGUUUAUAAGGCCAAGUUACAGACAGGUGAGAUUGUUGCUGUUAAAAAACUCAACGAAGCUCCGAAUGUUGAAAUGGCCAGUCGAAAAGCAUUCGAAAGGGAGAUUCAUGCUUUGACAGAAGCCCGACACCGAAAUAUUAUCAAGCUAUAUGGCUUUUGCUCGAGCUCGAGCCAUUCAUUUUUGGUUUAUGAGUUUCUUGAAUUGGGCAGCUUGGAGGAUAUUUUGAAGAGUGAACAAAGGAUAACAACGUUCGACUGGAAUAAGAGAGAGAAUGUUGUCAAAGGUGUGGCUAAUGCUUUGUCCUAUAUGCACCAUGAAUGCUAUCCCCCAAUAAUUCAUCGAGACGUAUCAAGCAAGAAUAUUUUACUAGAUGAAGAAUAUGAAGCUCACGUCUCGGACUUUGGCACAGCUAAGGUCCUAAAACCUGAUUCAUCCAACUGGACUUCGUUUGCAGGCACAUUUGGAUAUGCAGCUCCAGGUAAAUUCUUUUCAUGAGAUUUUACUUCUUUUCAUUCCUAAGUAUGUGAUGUUUCCCACAUUCAACAAAUCCUACUUAAAAGAUAUAUGAAUAAUUUGGCUUCAUUUGUUUAACAGUUACCUAACAUAAAAUUCAACGUUCUUCAAAUGUUUUCCUUUGAGCAGAGUUACUGAUAUGUAAGUCACGUUAAAGGAUAAGACAAACUGUUGUGUGAAUGGGAAUUAUUCAAAUCACAUUGAAAUCUAAAGAAAGUAUAACGUGAUUUGCAGUAGAGAAUAGUUAGCUAUGAUGAAGAGUUGGUGAGAGUUGUUACUUUCAUGAAAUUAUAUUCCCUAUAAUUUGAAUAUUCAACCGGUUUAUGUCCUUCUCACAUAUUAUUUUUCAAGACAAUAACAUUCAAGA